AUGCCACCGAAAAAAAAAUAACAACAAGAAGUAGUUGAAUUCACAGAAGCAGAAAAGAAGGCACUAGAGAAAUUGUAUUAAAUUUAUUAAUAUUAAAUUAUAGAGAUCAUUCUAAUCUAUUAAUUGAAAUCUAGGUUCUGAAGGAUAGAAUUGAGGAGUUAUAGAAAAAUGUAUACGAUUUGAAUGAGACAAUAAGAACAAUAAAUGAAUAAAAUGUAAAGAAUUUAAGGUAUAUUAAAAGCUUGCUCUAACUCUCAAAAUGGAAUCAGAUAUAAAUAGAAAAGAAAGUGAUUAUAAUGCACUUUUACAAUAAUAUGAGGACCUUAAAAAAUAAACAACUGAAGAAAUUGAAUCUACUAUUUAGAGAAAAGAUGAAAAAAUUAGAUGUAAUUCAGUUACAUAUUUAUAAUAGAUUUGGAAAAAGAAAAAGCAGAUUUAGAAAUGAGACAUAAAGAUGAAUUGUAAAGAGUUAAUGAAGAAUUAAAAAAGUUAAGUUCAUUUAAGGUAUUAAAUAUAUAGAAAUUAGGAAGAAAAAGAAUAUAUGAUUAGAGAAAUCCAUGAUUUAAAAGAAGAAAUGAACAAAAAAGAUUAUGCACAUUUAGAUGAAUAAAGCAAAGCUAAUAAAAACUUCUUAAAAUAAACUUAAAAUCUAACAAAUGUUAAUAAUGCUAAGAUUGAGGAUGUACAAAGAAAUGCCAAUAAAUUAGCAGAAGAAAAAGUAGCUGCUAAAUAUGAUGGAAUACUUAAGGAAAAUGAAAAAAUUAAAAGUGAAUUACAGGAAUACGAAAGAACUCUAUCUAUAUACUAAAAAGAAAAAGAAACAUUUUAAUAAGAAAAUAUCAAUUAUAAAUUAAAUUUAAGUAUUAAAGAAGAAUAAGCUAAAGAGUAAGUUUUUAUUUUAAUUUAGAUAUUAAAUGUUAAAUCAUUAAUAAAUUAUAAAGAUUAAAUAGUUAAAGGAGAAGAUUGAAUAUCUCAAGACAUACAUAGCAAAUGUAAAAAGUGGGUUUGAUAAUUUCUUAGGAAGUGACAAAAUAAACUAAAGAAAUAGAAAUUAUGAAACAUUAAAGUAAUUCUAAAGUAUAAGAGUUGGAAAUGUAACUACGUAAUUUAAGACAUUUGUUGGAUUAAAGAACUAAGGAACUUAAAACAGUUAAGGCUUUGGCUUAAAUGAUUUUAGAUUAAAGAUCAGAUAUUGAGUAAUUUUUCCUUUAAGCCAUCGAUUAAGUGAAAAAUGAAAUAAACAAAAAAAAUAAGAAUUAGAAAAAUAGUCGUUUGCCAGAAAUAUCAUAAAAAUCUUAAAGUCUCGAAUCUAAUAAGGUUGAUAUAAAUGAUUUGGAUUUAGAAGAAAAGGAGAAGUUAUUGAGAAUAUUAUUCUCAAAAAUGAAUCAAGGAGUACCACCUGCAAAUUGGAAAUCACAACUUGGUCAUGUAAAUUAUUUAUUCUAUUUAUAGAGCAAAUCCUAAGUUGAUGGAAGCUCUUUUAGGGAUAAUCAAUUUUAAUGAA